AUUUAUAUAGUCGGCACCAAAAGAAACCAACUAGACGCGAAAACCAUUUUCUUUUCCCUCUUUCCCUCGCCCUCUGGUAAUAACAGCAGAAAUUCACUCCAUUCAAAAAAAUCCCACUGGAGGAGAACCGUUUUUUUCCUUGUUAGAUCGAUCUCGCCUCAUCGAAAUUUUCCUUUCCUAGACGGUGAAUGCGAAUAACUGACCUUUGAUUGCAUCGUAUUCUGAAAUUUGAGUCUUUCUCAUGAUUAAUUCAACACUGAGCUGAACAGUAUGGGAAUGACAAGGGGCUAGUUGGGAGCUCCCCUUUUUUUCUUUUUCAAAUUCUGCUAAAGGCUAGUAUGGCAUAAGUGCUCUUCUUAUGCUGGAGCAAUGGAUUUUCCUUUGACAAUAUAUGAUUGAAGGCAGAUUAUUACCCUUGUUUGGCUGCACGGUAUCCCUGAUCUGUACGAGUAAAAGAAGCAUCUUAUAAUGGCAGACGAUCCUCAAGUGACAGUAGAUAAACUUCCUAUAAAGCGAUUGGAGGCAAUAGAAGAAAAUGGCAACGAACAUUAUCCACCUGAAAUCAGUCAGGAAGAGAAGCCUCUUACAUUACUUCGUCGCAUGGAUUUUGGCAUGUCUAUAGUCAAAGAUUCAAAGAAGUCUAAGAGUUCUAAUGAAAGUCAAUCAGUCCCUACCUGGCAAUGGCAAGGUCUGGUUGAGAAUCUGCAUGAGGCCCAACAAGAACUUUCAAUUGUCCUUGACCUAAUUAACCAUGUUGAGGCAAAUGAUGCAGUGACUGUUGCGGGAAUGACAAGGCCCAAGCAAUUGCCAAGUGAAGUACUGUCAGACUUAGCUAUUUCUGCAUCUACCAAGUUGCAAUCUUUUCGGCAUAUUGGCAAGUAUUUGAAACAAACUGCCAAGGCUUUGGAAGAGCAAGUUGCCAGGGAGGCAAGAUUUUAUGGUGCAUUAAUGAGAUUGCAGCGUAAUUGGAAAGUCAAACGACAACGGGUCAUUUCUGCUGGGCCAGGUGGAAACGCAGGGUUCACCAUUGACUUAUCUGAUAACAAUUCAACAGAUUUUAUGCUAGGACUAUCUACAUCUUCACUAGCCACUGUACAUAUUGAUCAAGACCAAUCUGGCAUGCUGGCUGUGCACCUCCCAGGGCGAUCAAGUCAUACACUUCAUGUUGGAUUUCCCAGUGGUCAAUCAGGUCACAGAUUAUGGGAGCAUACUAAAAAGAAAAUCUCUUCUGAUCCUUAUAGUAAAGAUUCACAACAGGAAUCAGGAGCUGUAAGGCAGGAGUCUGAGAAAAGAUCACCGAAGGGCAUUAGUAAAAGUGUGGAUGAAGGCGUUAAAGAGGCUCAGUCUGUCCUUAGAGAGAUCCAGUGUGCAAUAUUUGAUGAGCAGGUGUUUGAUUUGGUAAUUCAGGAGGCUUUGCACCCUUCACCUGGUGUGAAGGUAAUUGGUAUUCGUGAAAAUUUUCUCCAGCUGAACUUGGGUCCAGAAGUGGCUCUAAACAUUCAUCUUUUACCUUCCUCUUCAAGCCAAGAGGUUCUACAGGAUAACGAGCAUUCUGAGGAUGCAGAUGUUGAGAUGAUAGAUGGAGAUUUGGAGUGGCAUGUAGAUGGUGCCACACAUGAGGAAGAAAAGGGAAUUGUGACAAAGGAGGAUGCAGUAAAUAUUCCUGAGCUCCUUACUUCGGUCAGAAGACUUCCAAAUCCACUCAGCUCUGAAGUGUUCUUGCAACAGAUUUUUCAUCAAAAUGUUUUGGUAGGAACAAACAGUCAGAGUUCUAGUUCUGCUAGGCUUCGCUUUCCCCUUAAAAGUGAAGGAAGCAUAAAAGGAAGAGAGACUGUGACAACACCUGGAUUAGUUGGAGGUAGAGAGGUUGAUACACCUGGGCUUCUGAGGCAUUACUGUAUGGCACUGAGCCACAGGAUCUACUGUUACAAAGUUAUAUCUGAGCUGGAAAAUCUGGUUCAAGUUCCGUACCUGCAUCUAUUUACUCACCCUACUUGGCAGUCUCGAAUAUCUGCUUGGUUGCUUUACCUUGAUAUUCCUCAGAUGGUCACACAUGGAGGGCAAGCCAAGGUUUCAGAUUGGAGUGUCACAAAACAAAAAUUAAGAGCACAGUUCAUUUGUAAGAUAGUUGUGCAUGAUGAGUCCCUCACAAUUGAAGGGGAAGGGACACCGAAUGUUGGUUGUCUUUUUAAGGGCAGCCCUACUGGAAUGUGUUCAAUUAGUGAAUAUAACUGUGGAUUGUCAGAUCUCGCAUCAGUUUUGUUGCAGCAGGUAGCAAGCCAACUCAUUUACUGGCUUCAUGAGGAGGCUUUGGUGGUUGGCAUGAAGGUUGAGAGGGAUUACCUGAGUCUAUCAUUUCAGUUGGACAAUAGUGACAGUCUUGCUUUAGUUGCCAGUAUCGAUCAAAGGGAGUAUUGUGUUAACUGGUGGUUAAUUUUAAAUGAUACUAGGCCAGAUGAUGGAUUGGUGAAACAUGAUCUUGUAAGUAUUGGAAUGGAAAAUAAAAAAUUCUUGGGACCAUUACCUUUGGAGGCACUCUAUGGUGUUCUAAUGGAUCUUGUAACUUUAUGUAGCAAUGGUGGAGAAUCUUGAGAUAUAUAUUUUGUAAUGUUUAAAAGAAUUAAUGCCGAAGUUCUAUUAGCAUAGUGAGUGAUUUGGAAAGUCAUGGAACAUUCUGUUAUUCCAGGCAAGGUAAAUCACAUGCAUUUGUUCGUGUUUUCCAACAUCUUUUUGAGCCUAAGUUGGGCAGAAGCUGGUAAGUUUCAUCACUUUGCAUUGUCUUAUUCUUUUUUUUGCUCAGUGUAACUCAAUACAUUUGACUUACAUUAUGUGGUAGGCUUUAUGCUUUCAUUGUAUGUUUAAUGCUUAAUGAAGUUGGGCGGAGCA